AUGAAUAAUAUCAAUGAUGAUGAUGAUGAUGAUGAUGAUGAUGAUGAUGAUGAUGAUGAUGAUGAUGAUGAUGAUGAUGAUGAUGAUGAUGAUGAUGAUGAUGAUGAUGAUGAUGAUGAUGAUGAUGAUGAUGAUGAUGAUGAUGAUGAUGAUGAUGAUGAUGAUGAUGAUGAUGAUGAUGAUUAUGAUGAUGAUGAUGAUGAUGAUGAUGAUGAUGAUGAUGAUGAUGAUGAUGAUGAUGAUGAUGAUGAUGAUGAUGAUGAUGAUGAUGAUGAUGAUGAUGAUGAUGAUGAUGAUGAUGAUGAUGAUGAUGAUGAUGAUGAUGAUGAUGAUGAUGAUGAUGAUGAUGAUGAUGAUGAUGAUGAUGAUGAUGAUGAUGAUGAUGAUGAUGAUGAUGAUGAUGAUGAUGAUGAUGAUGAUGAUGAUGAUGAUGAUGAUGAUGAUGAUGAUGAUGAUGAUGAUGAUGAUGAUGAUGAUGAUGAUGAUGAUGAUGAUGAUGAUGAUGAUGAUGAUGAUGAUGAUGAUGAUGAUGAUGAUGAUGAUGAUGAUGAUGAUGAUGAUGAUGAUGAUGAUGAUGAUGAUGAUGAUGAUGAUGAUGAUGAUGAUGAUGAUGAUGAUGAUGAUGAUGAUGAUGAUGAUGAUGAUGAUGAUGAUGAUGAUGAUGAUGAUGAUGAUGAUGAUGAUGAUGAUGAUGAUGAUGAUGAUGAUGAUGAUGAUGAUGAUGAUGAUGAUGAUGAUGAUGAUGAUGAUGAUGAUGAUGAUGAUGAUGAUGAUGAUGAUGAUGAUGAUGAUGAUGAUGAUGAUGAUGAUGAUGAUGAUGAUGAUGAUGAUGAUGAUGAUGAUGAUGAUGAUGAUGAUGAUGAUGAUGAUGAUGAUGAUGAUGAUGAUGAUGAUGAUGAUGAUGAUGAUGAUGAUGAUGAUGAUGAUGAUGAUGAUGAUGAUGAUGAUGAUGAUGAUGAUGAUGAUGAUGAUGAUGAUGAUGAUGAUGAUGAUGAUGAUGAUGAUGAUGAUGAUGAUGAUGAUGAUGAUGAUGAUGAUGAUGAUGAUGAUGAUGAUGAUGAUGAUGAUGAUGAUGAUGAUGAUGAUGAUGAUGAUGAUGAUGAUGAUGAUGAUGAUGAUGAUGAUGAUGAUGAUGAUGAUGAUGAUGAUGAUGAUGAUGAUGAUGAUGAUGAUGAUGAUGAUGAUGAUGAUGAUGAUGAUGAUGAUGAUGAUGAUGAUGAUGAUGAUGAUGAUGAUGAUGAUGAUGAUGAUGAUGAUGAUGAUGAUGAUGAUGAUGAUGAUGAUGAUGAUGAUGAUGAUGAUGAUGAUGAUGAUGAUGAUGAUGAUGAUGAUGAUGAUUAUGAUGAUGAUGAUGAUGAUGAUGAUGAUGAUGAUGAUGAUGAUGAUGAUGAUGAUGAUGAUGAUGAUGAUGAUGAUGAUGAUGAUGAUGAUGAUGAUGAUGAUGAUGAUGAUGAUGAUGAUGAUGAUGAUGAUGAUGAUGAUGAUGAUGAUGAUGAUGAUGAUGAUGAUGAUGAUGAUGAUGAUGAUGAUGAUGAUGAUGAUGAUGAUGAUGAUGAUGAUGAUGAUGAUGAUGAUGAUGAUGAUGAUGAUGAUGAUGAUGAUGAUGAUGAUGAUGAUGAUGAUGAUGAUGAUGAUGAUGAUGAUGAUGAUGAUGAUGAUGAUGAUGAUGAUGAUGAUGAUGAUGAUGAUGAUGAUGAUGAUGAUGAUGAUGAUGAUGAUGAUGAUGAUGAUGAUGAUGAUGAUGAUGAUGAUGAUGAUGAUGAUGAUGAUGAUGAUGAUGAUGAUGAUGAUGAUGAUGAUGAUGAUGAUGAUGAUGAUGAUGAUGAUGAUGAUGAUGAUGAUGAUGAUGAUGAUGAUGAUGAUGAUGAUGAUGAUGAUGAUGAUGAUGAUGAUGAUGAUGAUGAUGAUGAUGAUGAUGAUGAUGAUGAUGAUGAUGAUGAUGAUGAUGAUGAUGAUGAUGAUGAUGAUGAUGAUGAUGAUGAUGAUGAUGAUGAUGAUGAUGAUGAUGAUGAUGAUGAUGAUGAUGAUGAUGAUGAUGAUGAUGAUGAUGAUGAUGAUGAUGAUGAUGAUGAUGAUGAUGAUGAUGAUGAUGAUGAUGAUGAUGAUGAUGAUGAUGAUGAUGAUGAUGAUGAUGAUGAUGAUGAUGAUGAUGAUGAUGAUGAUGAUGAUGAUGAUGAUGAUGAUGAUGAUGAUGAUGAUGAUGAUGAUGAUGAUGAUGAUGAUGAUGAUGAUGAUGAUGAUGAUGAUGAUGAUUAUGAUGAUGAUGAUGAUGAUGAUGAUGAUGAUGAUGAUGAUGAUGAUGAUGAUGAUGAUGAUGAUGAUGAUGAUGAUGAUGAUGAUGAUGAUGAUGAUGAUGAUGAUGAUGAUGAUGAUGAUGAUGAUGAUGAUGAUGAUGAUGAUGAUGAUGAUGAUGAUGAUGAUGAUGAUGAUGAUGAUGAUGAUGAUGAUGAUGAUGAUGAUGAUGAUGAUGAUGAUGAUGAUGAUGAUGAUGAUGACUUGUGA